AUGCUUGCCACUGGGCCCACUGGGAGCGAGAAGAAACCCGCCAAACGACGUGUUCCCGAUUCGCAGCGCCGCCGGACUCUAGUCAGUUGUGACCGAUGCAAACUCCGCCGCAUUCGCUGCUGUCGCAACAAUGAGAACGAAGCGUGCACGAGUUGUCUCAAUGGAGGCGUCAAAUGCGAAUCGAAGAUGCCGAGGAAACAACGUGUAUACGGGAGUGUGGAAAGGUUCAGUGUGCGGUAUCGCGCUUUAGAUGCUUUGGUUCGCGGGCUCUUUCCGAAUGAAGAUACGGACAAUAUAGACGUUCUGUUUCAACUUGCCAGGAAUCACAACGUCCCAAUGCCGUCGCCUGAUGACGAGUCGCAUGCACCAGAAGCCUUUAGUCAGGAUACGACAAAUGCCACCCCCAAACCCUCUGUCGAUAAUUCGGAUCUUCAGGCAGUCGAAGAUGAUUGUUCCGCUUCCGAAGUGGUGUACGAACGAAUGAUACCUGGCCCUCGUCGGAUAUUACACUAUGUUGGACCAUCUAGUAGCUCGGAAUUUGCUUCGAUUAUUCGACACCUUGUGACCAGAUUCAAAAAGAUCACAACCCCUACGCCAUACGACCAAAUACAAAUGCACGAUAAGAACUACAUGAAGGCAAUGCCAGACGUACAUCCACUAAGCGGAGUAGCUCAAACCCUUGCAAAUGGACACUCUCUAGCUACAGCAAUGGGAGAAGAGCAGCAAAUUGACACCAAGAAUGAAGGCCCAAGAAGAACGACGCCUCAUCAGCAAAGUCAAAUUAGCUUACCUUCAAGCAAGAGAACUUCACAGGAUUUGAGCUCAAAUUCUGAGACAACAAACGACCUACGAAGCCUCUUACGGGACCUGUUGCCUGACAGAAGUCUUUGCGAUGUGUUGGUGCAAGCAUACCUUGACCACCUACAUGGUGCUUUUCAGGUGUUCUAUAAACCGAUCUUUCAGCUGCGGUACAAUUUCCUCUGGGAUAACAAGAUUGCGCAAACGGGUACAUCAGACAUAGGCUGGACCUGUUGUCUGUUUAUGGUCAUUAUUCUAGGUGCCGAUAUUCUGGGCCCGGAGCAUUGUCCUGAUUCGAUCAUUAUUCAGACCAAGUAUAUGAAACUUGUUCGGGACAGUUUCCAGUCGCUUGUCUUUACAGCGACUUUGGAGAACGUUCAAGCAUUAUUAUUGCUCCAGCUAUAUGAACAGAACUCUGGCGAGCGCAAUACAUCCUGGCUUAUAUUGGGUCUGGCAAUCCGUAUGGCAAUAACUCUCGGCAUGCAUCGGGAGGGAACAUACGCCAGCUUUGACAAUGCAGAGGCAAAUACAAGGCGAGUUGUCUGGUGGACGCUAUAUCAGGUGGAAUUUAAUAUGUCGAUGAUUCUAGGUCGCCCGCCUAGUAUCAAUGCGAAGGAGGUGAACGUCUCGCUUCCGGCGGACGAUAUACUUGAUGGGGCAGGCUAUCCUCAAGGCUUUGAAGAACACUAUCUGAAAUUGACCAAUAUUGGACACCGAGUUCGAAGACUGAUUACGACGGUGACGGCUAAAUUUGCCGACGAGUCAGCUCUACUCGGCCACCAAGGGCACGUCAAAAUGCUUUUACACGAGCUGGAGGUUUGGAAAGCUAAUUUACCUCACCAUUUUGCACCGGAAUCGCCAUCAGUGACCUUGCGACAUCGGCGGGCAGUACUUUUAUUGCAGGCUAUCUACUAUCAUCAUCGAUCUGUGCUCACACGAACCUUUCUGGUUUGCAAGAGCAGCCGCAACAUUGACCGAUUGUCGCAGGAGGGAAACCAGACCUUCGGCCCGGUAAUUCCUGUCACGGAAUCCUUUAGCCGCGAAUGCCGAGCUUCAGCCAUCGCAGUGCUAGACUGUUUCCUUCAGUUAUCAAAGCAUGGCCUGUUAGAAGGCGUCGCAUGGAUAGAUUUCUACUACAUCUGCCACAGUGUCCUAGUCCUAGGCCUUUUCGAAUUAGGGCAGAUGGAUGAGUCUGCGCCAGAGUUAGAACGGGAACAGAGCUCGUCUAAGAUCGCGGAGAUGAACGAAAUUAUUAGUCAGAUCCGGUUGGCGCCAACAUACAAGAUUUUCACCAAGGUGUCUCUCGGUUUUGCCCGGACUGUAGGGUUAGGAAUCGUGAAAUCCGCACCGGCAGAAGAAAUCGAUACUCAUCAGCAAUACAUUCAACCGGCACAGACGUCUACACUAGAUUUCCCCUACACCAGCGCUCCAUAUGGUCAAAUGCCAUGGUCAACGUCCGAAAUGAAUACGACCAUGUUUCCACCCACAACUGAGACUACGAUGUCUCCUCCUGGUCUCCUUGGAUGGUUCUGGCGUGAAGCUAAUAGCGGAUCACACAUGUCCUGGGAUAUAUUCAACCUUGGCAAUAUCCAGCUCUCUGGGACGGACUAUAUGGAGGAGCCGCCGCAGUAUUCGACCAUGUACACGGCGCAGCAGCAGUUUGAGCAUUGGCCUAGCUGA